AUGCCCACUUACAGGGUUUUGCCACCAAGCAGUUCUAAAACCAUAACUGUGAUGCUGCAACCAAUGGACGGUGUUCCUACCGAUGUUGCUCGUCAUAAAUUUAUGGUUCAAACUUGUUUUUGUCCUCCCGGUGAUGUUGAUCUCGAUAAUAUCUGGAAGACAAUCUCCCCGAACGAGCUUAUGUACAGCAAACUGAUGGUAGUUUUCCAACAACGUACGGGUGAACAUGCUGGAGCAGUAAGAGAAGAAGUACCAUCCGCUGUCGCUUUCAACACGUAUGUCAUCAGCAUUUCUUUUCGAACUUGCGUAUCUCAUUUCCAUUACUUUUACAGUCCAGUGAACGCCAGUAAUAAUCGAGCAUCUGCUUCUCCUGCCGGAAAUCGCGUCUCUGUGAGCGUUGUUGGUUGUGUGCAGUUUGUUAUUUUGUUCACUUUAAUUAUUGGGCGAAUUCAGGAGCUCGAGGAGAAAUUGAAGAGCGAAACUGAGUUACGGCUGAAGUCAGAGAAAGAAAGGGCAUUGCUCCAGCGUGAUCUUGACGAACUGUUUAGUGUAAGUGAUUCUCUUCUUUUAUUUCCCUCUUUUUUGCUUUCUUUGCUUUGAUA